UAUCUCUCCCAAGAUCAAUCCGAACAGUUAUGCAAUGACUUUCAGCUUAUCGAUUAUUUGGGAUGUGUAGUCAUGCGCAUCAACUUUGCCAGUGUUAAGGCAAAGGAAAAAAACUACAACUCCCGGCUGGCGUAGGGGCGCAUCGCUUCGCCCGAGUUGCUCACACACACACACUGACUGUGAAAAUCCCUUCUAAUGAUUCAGUUCGUGAAUAAAUAAAAAGAGUUUGGUGUCAUGGCGGAAUCUGCAGCGUGUCCCGCUUUCCAGCUCGGGAGACCCCGCUACGAUCAGGUAGGAGCUCCGUGUCCUCUGAGCUCAUUCCUUGGACGUCUGAGACACUUUGUUGACAUCAUUGAUCCCAGCACCCUGUUUGUCUCGGAGAAAAAGCUAAAAGAAUGCAUCAAACUCCUUGAUGACUACAAACACGACACACUUCCUCCUGGAGUGUCUGCAGAUCAGUUGUGGGAAGCCCAGAAGAUUAAACAGGCCAUCAUUCACCCUGACACAGGAGAGAAGAUCUUCAUGCCAUUUCGAAUGUCAGGUUAUGUGCCAUUCGGAACACCAAUUGUCAUUGGCCUUCUCCUCCCAAAUCAGACUGUGAUGUCUACCAUUAUCUGGCAGUGGUUGAACCAGAGUCACAAUGCCUGCGUGAACUAUGCCAACCGGAAUGCCACAAAGCCCACUCCUACAUCUAAGUUUCUUGAAGGCUAUGUCGGAGCUGUGACCAGUGCUGUCUCUAUUGCAGUGGGACUGAAUGUGCUGAUUCAGAAGGCCAACAAGCUGAACCCUGGCACCAGAAUGAUCAUCCAGAGAUUUGUCCCAUUCCCAGCUGUAGCAAGUGCAAACAUCUGUAACGUAGCCCUGAUGAGACACAACGAGCUGUCUGAAGGUAUCGACGUUCUGGACAACAACGGCAGCGUGGUGGGAUCCUCCAAAAUCGCUGCUCGACAUGCAAUAAUGGAGACCGCCUUCACACGUGUGGUCCUUCCUAUGCCAAUCUUCGUUCUGCCGCCCAUCAUCAUGUCCUACCUCGAAAGGCUGCGACUCCUGCAGAGAAACCGCCGACUUCUGCUGCCCAUCCACAGCGUUGUGUGCCUGGUUACGUUCGGCCUCUCGCUGCCCGUGGCCAUCAGCCUCUUCCCUCAGAUGUCUCAGAUUGAGGUAUCUCGCCUUGAGCCGGAGAUUGCCAUGGCAACGGAUUGCAAAGUGUUGACCUACAACAAAGGUUUAUGAUGAAGAUGGGACACGAGCUCCAAACUGAGGCUGCUUUCUGAAUGACUGUAACUGCGACCCUGCUGCAGGGUUUUCGGGGUAUCUGACACGUAAUUGUUAUUAUUAGAGUUGUAUUUACCCAACAUUCCUAGACCUGUUCUCAUGCUGCAUUCACUGAGCCACGGUGAAUCCUCUGAGCAGCCCAGAGAUUGUUGCCUUCACUACAGCUGUCCAAGAACUCUCAAUUUUUACUAUAACAUCCCUUUUUGUGUGUUUCUGAUAUUUACAGAGUAUUGUUUUCUGGAGUUUCUGUAGCACAAUCAACCUAAAUAGUGAUCCAUUAAAUUCUGAUAAUGAGAUCGUUUAAACACA